CAUUCUGGGAAUCCUGGCCCUGAUUGGUGCCAUCGUCGGACUCAUGUUGCCAGAGACGCUGGGCGCCAUUCUGCCGGAGACGAUCGAGGACGGAGAGAAUUUCGGCAAAGAUCAAUGUUUCUGGGAUUUCCCGCGCUGCCAACGACAGAAAGAAAUUGAGCCGGACACGGUGACGGCCUCCAGCGGCGAUUCGCUGCCGGUCGUUGCCGCCAUCGAUUUGAAUUUAAUUAGGGCGCCGUCCGAUCGGGCCAAUGCCCUGCGGACAUCUAUCCGCGGAGAGGCCUUCCGCUCCAGCCUGCUGACCCGCCAGCGUCAGCAGCGCCAGCUGGACCCCAACGACAAAAGCCACAAGACUAAUAACCCGGAAACAAUCAUCAGUUCCUCAUCAGCUCCUCCUCCCCGUCCGCCAAUCGAUUAAAAAAUUAUUCCAUAAAAAUGUUUCCCCAUUUUGUUAUAAAAUUUUCUCAUUCACG